AUGGCUGAACAUGGCAAUCCGGUGCUGCCACAACCACUCGAUCCUUUGGCAGCAAUGUUAGAGAUGUUUCAGAAAUUUACUGCUGACCAGAAGACUUUGGUUGAAGAUUUUAGAGCUGAACAGAGAGCUAUUGCUGAAAGGCUGCAAGUAAUUGAGCAUAGACAACUUGCACUUAAUGGGGACAGCAAUGUUCCCAUAGAAGAAGACAGGUACCAACUCCACUCAGUGGUACAGAGGCUGCCUGACAGAGAUGGGAGCCCCAGAGAUGACUACAGGGGUUAUAGAGAUGGACACAUAGGUCACAGGGACAGAUUCAGAGCUGACCGAGAUGACAGGGAUGGUAGAGAUUAUUAUAGAGAUCGUCGGGACAGAGCUAGAGAUGCCCGUGAGCCUUCUAAGGAACACAGAGAUCACCACCGAGGCUACAAAGACAGAGAUAGAGAAGACCGGGAAAAAGACAGAGGUCGCCAGCCUACUUUUGAGGAGUAUAUGAGGUCCUACUUCACUGGAGACCAGGGUACUAAUCGGCGCUAUACAGACAACCAAAAGGUGAAGCUUGAACUGAAAGAAUUCGAUGGUCACCCUGACCCCCAGGUAUUUUAUGACUGGCUUGCUGCAAUAGAAGAUUAUUUCGACUAG